AUGGAGGAAGCAACCGGCAGCGGCGGUGGGAUUCAUUGGUUGUGGGCGGUAGCCAGUGGUGCUCAAAUGGGAUGGGGUGUGCGUUCAUACCGUAAAGGCUACCCAGGGGAUUCGUGCCUCAUGCCUUUGAAAGCUUUCUCUGUUGCUUCUCUCUUCAUAGGUAGUGCUGCUUCCGCUUCUAUCUUCAUUCUUCAGACUAAUGGCAUCCAUGGGGUGGAUGAUCUCAUUGACGCCGGUGCCAAUUUAAGAGCUAAACUUGGGUUGCGUCCACGCAGGCCGAAUAAGAAUAUGGAUGAGUCCUAA